AUGAUCCAAAUAAAUAUAUUUCUCUCUUUUUCCUUACCAUCAGUCAAUUCUACCACAACAGUAACUCCAACCAGAAGUGGUUUAAAUCUAUUUGAUGAGCUCCUGAUUGAAGAAGGAACAGCAAAGGAAGCCACUUACAAUGAUUUGCAGGCAGAACAUGAGAAAUGUCAGAAACAACUUCAAGAGUUGAUGAAGAAGCUUCGGGAAACAGAGGAACAGAAUUCCAUUCUGCAAAAAGAAAACCAGUGCCUUAAGAAGAAUAUUUCAGCUCUUAUCAAAACAGCUAGAGUAGAAAUUAAUCGGAAAGAUGAAGAAAUCAGUAAUCUCCAGCGAAGGUUAUCUGAAAUUCCAGUUCAUCAACAUACUUACAGUAGAACAUACCUAGCAUCAGCUAAUAAUGCAAAAAACAUUGAAGGAUCAAAAAUGAAAAAUAAAGGCAGAGAUUUACUUCCAGAAAACAAUCAGAAACUGGAUUCUAGAACUCAGCACACUCUAUCUAAAGACAUACCAUCCAGUUAUUCAACUUGGGAUAUAGAAAAGAAGACAUUUCAUUCAGAAAAAAGAGAUGCUCCAUAUGUACCUCAGGCUCAUACGGAACAGCUUUACACUGAUGGUGCUCAUGCAAGGUUGACAAAUGUUGACAGCUUAUGUGGCAAAGAAAAGGGGAAAAAAGAAAUGAAACCUAAUGAGCAUUAUAGCAGGGAGAAUGACUGCAGAUACAAGACAAAAGCACAACAGAAUCUGAAUGGUACUGCAGUGGAUAUUCAUGGAAAAUUUCAAGCUUACCCAGAAAAAACAGUAAAAAAUGGACAUUGGAAAGAUAGCAAAGACUUAAAGUUCAAAAGUAGCCUCUGUGCAGAAAAAAGAACCAAUAAAGUCCCCUCAGCUAAAGAGAAGCAGUCAACUCCUAAGGACAGAUUACUGCCCAAAACAGGACACUCUAGUACUGUUAGGGAUGAAAAGUCACAAAAUCGAAAUCAGAAGGCCCUGAAAUCACAAGUCAAAGAAGAAAGUAAUAGUGGACAGAAAACCAGACAGCCUGACAGGCAUCUAGAACAAAAAAAACCUGAUAAACUUUCCAGGGUUCCUGAAAGGGAUGCACUUGCCAGGAGUCUUCAAAAAUUAAAUAAAAGCUAUUCAGAAGACCGAAAGAUUAAAAAUAGUGAUUGUCGAAGAAACAAAGCAAAAAAUGGUCAUGGCUUCCAAGAAGGGAGAUCAUCACCAGCACAAUCUUUGGCUUCUAGUAGUGACCAAAAACAUAGCUACUCCAAGGAGGACAGCAGCAAGUGUGAACACACACAUUCAAAAUCCGACAGACACAGAACUGAAGAAAAAAGGAAAAAUGAAAGAGACAAAUGUAGAGAUAAUGAGAAUUCUCAGAACAAAGAUAAUUUAAAGGAAAUGUUAAAGACAACAAAAAGAACCAUUAAAAUGAAAGAAAAUACGAAAAGGGAAGAAAAGAAAUCCUUUCAGGCAGAAGCAAGUUCCAAAAUAGUUGAUGGCAUGGAGGGGCGGAACCCUACAAAAGUUGGAAGGGAUGAGGAACAGUCAAAAAGUAAAGACUUAAAACUAAGCUUUAUGCAGAAGUUAAAUUUAACUCUUUCUCCUGCUAAAAAGCAAACAGACAAAGUCAAAUCAGUAGUAAAGUCUGCCAAUGAAUGCAACUCAGAGAUUCCAAGUCAAGAAGUAAUGUUAGUACCAGAUGAGUCUAGUAAUACAAAUGCAGCUAAGCGAACAGAUACACCACUGUUAACUGUCCAGGACAAAUUUGUUCAUACCAAUCUGGAAAAAACAGGAUCUGUAUCUCAGAUGGGGAAUGAGGGUCCAGCAGAAACCAUGAACACAGAGUUAUCUGAGACAUCAUUCACACAAAAUGUAGUAAAACAAAAUGAACUAGCUGUUAAUGGAAAUCUCCUGCCUGAGGCUGACAUUGAAAUGGGAGAAGUGCAUGAAAUGUAUUUGUCUCCUGACCUAGGAAGUUCUGUGGAUCAAGAUAAACUUCCAGAUAAUACUUUUAAUGACUUGGAGACUAUAAGUUCUGUAGAAUUUGAUUCUUUUAGUGUAAUAGAUGAAAUUAGUGGGACAGAUUCAGACUCAUUGGUGGAUGAGGAGGAAUCCUUUAAAUGUGCAGAUGAAAAAGUGAUGGAGUAUCCAGAAAAAGAAAACAGAUCUCUGCCUCACAAGAGUACUGUGAAAGAAAGCAAGAUACUAUGUCGGGAUGUGCAAGCAAAUGACCAGAAGGUUCAUAACCUGAAACCAAGCUUUCCUGACCCUGGAAACCAUUUAGAAACUUUAUUUAAUAAAGAGCUGAACUCUUCAUUUCAAGAAAGAGACACAAACCCAGUUUCAGUUGAUGAUGAUAACUCUGUACUGAGCAUUGAUCUCAAUCACAUGAGACACAUUCCAAAAGCCAUCAGCCCAAUUAAUAGUCCAAUCCGUCCCUUGGCUAAAGUGCUCAGAACAGAAAGCCCUUUCAAAGGAUUAGUGAAGAGUUAUAAUCUAGAGAGUGCAGUUGUCUGUCCUGGAAGAAACCAAUCCAGUGAACUCAACAAGGAAAAUCAAAAGCCACUUCACUCAGAUCACCAAAUCUUAGUAGAAUCUCAGCUGACCAUGUCUUCAGAUGAAUUAGAAGAAGGUGAAAUUGUAAGUGAUGACGAAGAACCGAAAGUGGAAAGGGACUUAGAGAGCUGUAAAAAAGCAAGAAGAAAAGUAUCUCCUGAUAGUUCUAAUUUGUCCAAGAGUACAUGUAGCCUCAGGACCAAGAUUACAUCUUCCAGUGAAGAUACUGAAAAAUUAGCUUCUGGGAAAAAAAAUAGACCCAAAGAUGGAAACCUGAUGUCCUCCAGUGAAAUGAAGAAAACUAAAGCUGUGAGCAUUGACUGUCUUGAAAAAAUAGUGCAGAUUACUGUUGAACCUUCUACUGUACAUGAGUUUAUGCAGAUGUUGAGAGCUAUAAGAAAACAAAUACGGAAGAACUACAUGAAGUUUAAAAUGCAGUUUCCAGUACAGAACUUUCAUAGAAUUAUAGAUUCGGCAAUUCUGAAUUUUACAUCCCUAAUAAAAUACCUUGACUUCUCUAAAAUGUCUAAAUCAAGUGAAGCCUUGAAGUUGACUCUCUGUGAAAUUAUAGAAUCCAAACUAAAUCAGAUAAAAAAGAAUAGUGAAAUAGAGUAUCUAUUUGAACAUCAGCAAGCAGAUAUGAAAAAAAAGUUGUGGAAACUUGUAGAUGAAGAACUUGACUAUCUGUUUGAUAAAAUUAAAAAAAAUAUUCUAAAAUUGUGUAACUUGAUAAGUUUUGAAAAUGAAAAUGAUAAAGGUAAACUUGAUAAAAGAACAAAGAGAAGUCCCAGAUGCCUUGUGAAUAAUAAAAAUGAAAGACAGAAAUCAAAGAAAACCACCUUAAAUACUAGAACUCAAAAGUCUGAAGAAUCUGUCCUUCAAAAACCAGUAGCAGGUAAUCAAGUGUUAAAGAAAGGUCACCAUGAAACACACAAAAUGGACAUACACAAAAAUACAGCUGCAAAACAUAAAGGCUCCUCUUCUGAUAACUCAAAACAUUCUCAGACCCAAGCUGAACUUUUCAUUGAUAACCCCAUGAAGGAGAGUGCUUUGAAAAAUGGACAAUAUGGAAAGGAAGGAUCCUCUGUGGCUGGAGACCCUCCCAAGUCAGAUAUUAGCUCUGGACCUCUCACAGAACAGCAGAUGUCUGGUCUGACAUUCAAUCUAGUCAAUGAUGCUCAAAUGGGUGAAAUGUUCAAGAGUUUGUUACAAGGCUCUGAUCUUUCAGAAAAGAAUGAUGAGUUCAUUGAUGAAAAUCAGUGGGAAUUCAGGACACCAGAAAAACGUGUGCCAGAUAGUCAAACCUGUAGGAAUGAUCCAGUAUAUGAAUCGGAAGAAAUGAUUCCAAAAGAGACGCAAGUAGAAUGUAGAGUACUAGAUAGCAUUAAAUGGCCCAUAGUUUCACCUGAAAGAGAUUCAGCAUUUUUAACUAGACUGCAGAUCCCUCUUGAUCCAGCUAUUUUGGAUGAAAGCUGUAUGUUUGAAAUUCCUACUAGUCCAGCUUUAAAGAAAAAUGAAACAUGUAUUUCAGAAAAGCCAAAAUCACUUGUAUCUUCCAUUCUUCUGGAAGACCUAGCAGUGUCAUUGACUAUUCCCUCUCCUUUGAAAUCAGAUGCUCAUCUUAGUUUCUUGAAACCUGACAUACUUGGGUCUGUUCCCAAGGAUGUUCUAAGUGCACACUUCAGUGAAGAUGCCCAUCUUGAAGAAGAGGAUGCUUCUGAACAGGACAUCCAUUUGGCUUUGGAAUCUGAUAAUUCUAGCAGUAAAUCCAGCUGUUCUUCAUCAUGGGCAAGUAUGCCUGCUGUCCCUGGAUUUCAGUAUUGCCCAAACCUGCCAAUGCAGGCAGUAAUAAUGGAGAAAUCAAAUGAUCACUUCAUUGUUAAGAUAAGGCGUGCAGCACCAUCUUCCUCACCAACCCAUCAUCAAGCAAUCCUAGGAAAUGACGGAGAAGCCACUAUUACUGAGAGAAGAAACAAUGAAAUUAUAAUGGACGAAAAAUUAGAUACAUUGAACUCAAAAUAUGUACCACUGGAAGAAACAACAAUAUGUAAGAAAAAGAUUGAACUGGAGGAUAAGAUGGUACAUGGUCAUAAUGAACAUAAGGGAGUUCUUAAUUCACUGGCGCUUGUGAAAGAGUCAUCUGUCUGUCUUGUGAAUGAUCAGGUAGCUGAGCCUCAGCAAGAGCCCCAUUCUGGAGUUCCUGUUGAUGUGCUUGACUCUGUGGAGAAUCUGUUUACUAAUGCCAGCCAAGAGGAAAAAUGUAACAUGAAUGAACUUCUUCAAGAGCCAUAUAGCAAUACCGCUCAGCCUCAAGGCUCUGAUCAGGUGCAUAGUAGUCCCAAAGAAGCCUGUGACUUGCAAGAUCAUGCUAAAGUACUGGGGAGAUCUUUAGGAUGCUUGAAAGACUCAUCAAGUGAAACUACCCAAUAUAUGACAGAUAUACCUGUCUUUAAGCUACCUCAGUCACACACACUGAACAUAUCCCAAAAAAGUGAUGUAUCUUGUACUAAAGUUGAACAUUCUCUGGUUAACUCAGCAGCAGUUCCAGCUGUAGAAGAAUUGACUUCCAAGAGCCAUUUUGAUAUAUGUAUAGACUUGACUGAUGAGACACCCAUGGAAAAUGAAGUUGAUUCAUGGGACCUAACAGCAGAAUCUGCUUUAAAUACUAGUAUGGAAUGCGUAUAUAAAAAUAAAGAGGAACCUAAGAUAGAAGCCUGUUGUGUAGCAAGUGCCCCUUCAGAACAUGAUGUUGAAGGAGUUAUAAAUUUGGCAGUGGACCUGCUUGACAAACCAACAGUAGAUAAGCAUUUUAAAUCCAAAGCUGUUCUUAAUAUUGAUGGUCAAGGAUCCCAAAUGAACCUUAGUAAAGAAAGUAAAAAAAGAAAAAAGGAGGCAGAAGAAACAUCCAGUGGAAAAAGACAAAGAAAGGAAAGUAAUGAAUUGACUUGUAAAAAAUCCAGCAAAAAUUGCAGACGAUCUAAAGAGACUGCUUCAGUAGCCACAAGUGCGUCCAUUAAAAAGGUUCCUUUAAUUACAGAAAAAGAUCCUUUACCAUCAACAUCCACAAUGUCGCCAUCAAGUCUAUGUGCCAAAAACAUCAUUAAGAAGAAAGGGGAAGUUGUAAUUUCUUGGACAAGAAAUGAUGACAGGGAGAUUUUAUUGGAAUGUCAGAAAAAAGGACCUUCAGGAAAAACAUUUGCUUCUGUUGCUAGCAGGUUAAAUAAAAAUCCAACUCAGAUUGAAGAAAGAUUCAAGCAGUUAGUGAAGCUGUUCAAGAUGUCAAACUGUAGUUAGCAGCAGUACUGCUGCUGCCAAUGCUGAACUGAAUUGCUCUGAGCAUAUAUGCACUCUUUGUGUGUGUGCAUGAGUGUGUGUGAGUGUGUGUGAGAGAGACUGUGCACACGUCUGAACGAGAGUGAGCGAGCUUACAUGGAGUUAGCUGUUGCUUAUCCUUUUACUUGCUCCUUUUAAUACCCAUGUGUCUCAUAAGACAGCCCUGCUUUCUGAAUUAAUAACUGGGUCUUGCUGAAGAUGUCAAACAGAUUUGUGGAACUCAAUACACAAUAUGGAGCACAAAGGGCUUAUGCCCUGAGCUUCCUGUUUCUGAGCUUCCAUUAAAACUUUCAUAGAUUUUUAUUCAAGUGAUAAAUAAAGGUUGAGACAAGUCAUUGGUGCUUUCUGUUCCUCUACAUUCUGCAGUGUCUGGAAUCACAUUCUGUUAACAUUGUUUGUGUAACAGAAGGCCAGCUCCUACUAUGUGGAGAGUGAUUCAUUUAAUUGAAAUCAACAGCUGAUAUCUGUUGAUACAGAAUUUUUGAGAAAAUUGGUAAGACAUAGCAUGCCUUCUUAAGUAGCCCCAAGAAAACAAAGGCAUAGUGAAACAGCACAUCCUUUUUCUCUCACUUUCAGAAAGUGUGAACGCAAACAGAAGUUUUGCAGUAUAUUAUUCAAGCCCCAGUGUUCAAAUGUAGUGAUCAUGCAGAAUUUGUGUAUUUAUAGAGUUUGCUCUGCAAAUAAUCUAGCAGCAUUUGUAAGUUGUUCCUUCCGCUUAAUGUGACACAUUGUUUAAAAUCUAUAUUGAACUUUUUUCAAAGGCAUGAACUUUUGCUUUUAAAUCACAAUUGGCACUUCAUGCUCCCUUAAAAUAUUGGUUUCCUUUUAAAUCAUGGCUGUCUACAAAAUACUUAUACUAAGUGUGCAGUCUGAAUAUGUGAUUUCAAAGGUGCCUUCAAGAUUAUUCUCCUGGAUAAACUGAUCUAUACUCUCAUCCUAAUAAGUGACAGCAUUUGAGGGGAUGGCAAUUUUGUUUUGGUUAUGGUUUCCAUUGAACAUGCAGUGCACAGUACCGAAAACUUUAAGAAGGCAAUAACUCCAAGCAGACACAUAUUAAAAAAAAUAGUGACAGUUUGAAAACUUACCACAUUUCUUAAAAGUUCUUUGCUUCCAUUCUGACCUGGAUGUCUUUGUAAGUGAAUGUUUCUGUGUAAAUUGUAAAGUUUUAAAUAUUACUUUUCUGUAAGUAUUGUACAGGAGUCUAUAUUGUGUAAAAUACUGUGUUUAAAUAAUUACUUGCAAUUUUUGAUUACUAAGACAAGUUUUAUUUUGUAUAAAUUAAAUACUGUAUACUGUAGUACAAAUCCCAAAACUUGUAAAGUGAACGCACUUAUGUUAUUAAAAGUUGACUUUGAAGGGUUUUCAUAAGACACUUGGUAA